AUGAUUAGUAAUAGCAAUAUCAACAAUAUACAUGGCUUUGUUGCUCCAGGUUGGGAGAAUGUUCGCUGUGUUUUUGAGCAAAAUAUAGUUGACGGACUUGAUAUUGGUGCCAGCGUAUGUGUUUAUCAUCAAGGGCAAUGUGUUGUCAACUUGUAUGGUGGCUGGAAAGAUUUAGAAAGAAAUAAAGAGCCAUAUACACCGGAUACAUUACAACUGGUUUUCUCAGUAUCAAAAGGUAUUAUGUCUGCAGCAAUAGCGUUAUGUGUAGAAAGAGGUUGGCUUGAUUAUGAUAAACCUGUCGCCCAAUAUUGGCCAGAAUUUGCUGCAAAUGAAAAACAGAAUAUAACAAUAGGUGAAGCUUUAUCACAUAGAGCUGGUGUGCCAUUUUUUGACGAACAACUAACCAUCGACGAUGUAUGUAAAUGGUCUCGAAUAAUUUCUCUAUUGGAAAAACAGAAGCCGCAUUGGAAACCUGGAACAGAACACGGAUAUCAUACAUUCACAACUGGUUUUAUUGGCGGUGAACUGAUUCGUCGUGUUGAUCCACAUCAUCGAUCCUACGGACAAUUCCUUCGUGAUGAAUUAGAUAAUGAAUUUCUUGUGGGCGUUUCCGAUGGUGAGAUUAAAGCACGUACGGCUCCGCUUCUUCAAAAGAUCACCGGCAAUCCACCUACUCUACCUUCACUCAGUGUGUUUAUUAAAAAGGCGUUAACAUUAAAUGGUGCCUUUUCAAUUCUACCAGAGAAUCCUAAUGAUCUUCCUUUUAACAAAGCAAAACUUCAUCAAGCUGAAAUUCCUGCUGCAAAUGGAAUUACAAAUGCGCGAGCUUUAGCACGAAUAUAUGCUCGUCUCAUGAGUGAUAUCAAUGAAGAUGGUCAAAUAGAACAACGUCUUAUCAGCGAAAAAACAUUACUACAGGCUAUAAAAAGUGCUACACCAGUAAAUGAACCUGAUCUAGUUUUGUUUGGCAUGAAAUCAGAUUUUGCACAAGGCGGUUUUCGCCUUUUUGAUGACUUUUUCAAAGCAUCUGGUAGUUGUUCAUUCGGUCAUAAAGGUAUUGGCGGUAGUUGUGCAUUGGGGCAUGCUUCACUGAAAUUGUCUUACGCUCAUGUUUGCAAUCAACUUGACUACAGUCCAACAGUUUUUGAUCAGCGUUCAGUUCGUUUACUUCAAGCGAUCGAGAAGAUUCUUGAUUCUCAAAAUAAUUCGUCUCUAUCUUUAUCACAUGUAGAUCCAAUUGAACAAUCUAAACAGGCUGACUUAUAA